UGUGAUCCCCAAGGGACCAACUGUGUGGAUCCGGUGCCACCUCUGACAUGAUGCUGAGAGCAGGAGGGGCAGCCACCUCUCUCGCACUGCUGCUGCUGCUGCCGUUGUUGUGCUGCUGCCACCUGUGCCACUCGCUGCGGGUUCCAAAGCUCUCAUCUUACGCAAAAGCAGAAGACAAGCUGUUCAAAUACCUCUUUGGAAACUACCAGAAAUGGGUUCGUCCAGUGGAGUACCUAAACCAGACCAUCUGUGUAAAGUUUGGACUGGCCAUUUCCCAGCUAGUUGAUGUGGAUGAGAAAAACCAGCUGAUGACAACCAAUGUGUGGAUGAAACAGGAGUGGGCUGACAUGAAACUCAGAUGGAACCCUGAUGACUAUCUUGGCAUCACAACCAUUCGAGUCCCCUCUGACAGGCUCUGGCUUCCUGAUGUUGUACUGUAUGAUAAUUCAGAUGGGCGUUUUGAGGGAACUGUCACCAAAGCUGUUGUUAAAUAUGAUGGAACUAUAACAUGGACACCACCGGCCAAUUACAAGUCAGCCUGCACCAUUGAUGUGACCUUCUUCCCAUUUGACCUCCAGAAUUGUUCCAUGAAGUUUGGCUCCUGGACGUAUGAUGGCUCGCAGGUGGACAUCAUUCUGGAAGACUUCCACGUGGAUAAGCAGGACUAUUUUGACAACGGUGAAUGGGAGAUAGUAAAGGCCACAGGCAGCCGUGGUCUGAGGACAGACGGCAGCUCCUCCUACCCCACCAUUACCUACUUCUUCAUCAUCCGCAGGCUGCCUCUUUUCUACACCCUCUUCCUCAUCAUCCCCUGCAUUGGCCUGUCCUUCCUCACUAUCCUUGUCUUCUACCUGCCCUCCAACGGUGGCGAGAAGAUCUCUCUCUGCACCUCGGUGCUGGUGUCGCUCACCGUUUUCCUCCUGGUCAUCGAGGAGAUCAUCCCAUCAUCCUCAAAGGCCAUCCCGCUCAUCGGGGAGUACCUGGUCUUCACCAUGAUCUUUGUCACACUCUCCAUCAUUAUCACCGUCUUUGCCAUCAACAUCCACCAUCGCUCCUCUUCUACACAUCACGGCAUGGCACCUUGGGUGAGGAAGAUUUUCUUGCAUCGACUGCCUAAACUACUGUGCAUGCGCAGCCACGUGGACCGUUACGCCACAGCUGGAGUGGCCAGGGCAGGGGGGCCGGUAGGACUGGGUAUGAUGAAAGACUCAGCACCUGAACUCACCUCCCUACUCUACACAAGACGUCACCUACAAGCAGCUUUGGAUUCUAUUCGCUACAUAACUAUGCAUGUGGUUAAAGAAAAUGAGGUCAGAGAGGUGGUACAAGACUGGAAGUUUGUAGCCCAGGUUUUGGAUCGAGUAUUUCUGUGGGCCUUCCUCCUGGUGUCGAUCCUGGGCUCUGCUCUUCUCUUUAUCCCAGUCAUUUACAAGUGGGCCAACAUCAUCGUCCCUAACCAUGCUGGAAGUACCCUCUAAGAACCAUACAUCGGGACAAACUAACCACAAAUGGAGUCAAAGCACAUUAACAGCUCACUAUGGGUCCUAUUUGAGAGACUGAGACACUGACAUUAUGACUGAGAUACAGGAGAGAGUCCAAGCUGCAAAUUUGAGGCUUCACUUACUGUGUUUGUCUCACAGAGAUAUGUUCUCUUUUUUAUUUUAGAGAGGUUCUGAAUUCUGUAUUUAUUUUAGUUUAAAGAUAAAUGAAAAAGUCAAAAUUCAUUCAGUCAUGUCCUAUGCAUUUUUGUCCCGAUCUCACACAUCAAUAAAAACCAGUAGAUCUUUUUCACCUACUGUACAUGCUGGCAUCACUGAGUGGAGAUUUAUCGCCUAGCAGAGGUUCACAGAGAGACAAUGGCAAAAACAUAUCUACAGAGGAGCAUUUGGGACAAAUAAUUAUUAUUAUGCAGGUUACAGGAUUUUCAUUUUUAAUACUUCAUGUAUCCCUGGAAAGGCAAAUACAAGGUGGCUCGCCACCCAGAUCAACAGAUACACACAACAAAUAGGUCAAGACAUUCUCAUUUUACAUACUGCUCUGUCCACCUAUCCACUAUCUAUAAUGGUUGGAAAGGUUACCACUUAAUUUGUGGGGCAUAAUUCAAAUAAAAUGGUAAUGGUUCAACUUUGCUUUUCUGUAACUCUAGUUUCACAAAUCACCAUUAUCUACCCUUGUACACAUUCUACUUAACUGAGGAAGAGAAGGGAACUCUCCUGCUGUGACUAGAAUUUCCAAGACAGCACUUCCUUUUAGCCUGAGGACAAAUUU